AUGCGGAGCACUUCCCGUCCAAAUGGAUUAAUACGACGUAAUGCUCGAGUGCAUUUUAAUCUCGGUCGCCUCCAAGUGACUGAACAUGAACUUUUGAAAAACAGAGAAUCUUCCUCACAAGAACAUUUAAAAAUAUCGGAGGACCGUUUGACAUUCACUCGUAUGAAACAUGAGCAACGAUUACUCAAACAAUUAUUAAUGCAAUUGGCAAAUCCAGGCGAUCAAAUUGAAGCUUUGGAAUCAAGGAUGUCACAGCGUUCUACGCUCAUUGAAGGCGAAAUUCAUCAACUGUCGAAUCUGAAUAACACCAUUAGAAAUUUGUCUAUUCUUUUCGAUUUUGAAGAAGCUUUCAAUUCAGUGGAAUAUUCUUGUAGCGAUGAAUCGAUGCCUAUUAGCAAUACUCAAAGCGAAAAAGAAUUCGAUGAAAAAUACGAUUGA